AUGCCCUCUCCGCCUUCACAGAUCGCAUCGCCGCCCAGGGAAACGAUGAGCCGCGAGGCCAGCGGCGCGUCGGUGAGCUCUGUCCCGGUACCCGAGCCAGAGCGGCAGCAGGGGCAGGGGAACCAAGGGGAGGAGGCGGGGUGGACGCCGCUGGAGAAGGUGGCGGAUAAAGUGGAGGAGCUGUACAGUCUCCGCGACACCUUCUUCCCCCGAGACCCCUCCGAGAAGUCUGCGUCCCUCCGCGCCUGCGCCGACGCCGCCCUGGGAGUCCUCGAUUCCCUGCCUCCCGUUACAGAGCAAAGAAAAUCCCCAGAAGAGCGUGUUAUUUAUGAAUUUUUGAUGGGAAAAAUACUCGAUGUCUUCCCAGAUUAUUGUAAGGAGGCUGAAGAGCAUUUAUCCAAAGCAGUAAAGCUGAAUCCAUCUCUUGUGGAUGCAUGGCUAUGUUUGGGUAACUGCAUCUGGAAGAAGGGGAAUUUGGCAUCAGCAAGGAACUGUUUCUUAUUAGCACUAAGUAAGGGCGCAGAUAAGAAAAUACUAUGUCAACUCUCAAUGCUUGAAAGGAGUAUGGCUCAAUCUAGUGAAGACCAAGUGUUGUUAGUGGAAGAGAGCAUUAAUCAUGCAAAAGAAGCUGUAAUGCUGGACAUAAAAGAUGGAAAUUCCUGGUAUAAUCUGGGUAAUGCAUACCUCACAAGCUUCUUUGCGAGCGGAGCCUGGGACAAAGCUAGGCUUCAUCAUUCGAUCAAAGCAUAUCAAAAUGCUGAGAAGGAUGAAACUAUGAAACUAAAUCCAGACCUCUACUAUAAUUGUGCCACAGCUUACAAAUACUUAGAGAACUAUGAAAGUGCCCUUCGCGGAUUUGAAGCUGCUGCGUUAAAAGAUCCUGCUCUCAGGGCUGACAUAGAAGUUCAGAAGAUCAUCAAUCUCCUUGAUAAGUUAGAGAAUGCAACGAAGGUACCUUCUGUAACUAUAGGACGACUACGACCCAAGAGAUCAGCAUCAUUGGUGUCAUCUCUGAAUGAAGUCAAUUUCAAGUUAUUCCACAAGAAAGCAACCAUAAGCAUCCUAUCAGGAGGUUUGAACAAGACAGUUGCUGUUGUGUGUAAAGUGGUUCUUUGGAUAAGACAUGACGAUGAUGCUCCACUGUAUUAUUUAACAUGUGACUUGGAUCAGUCUUAUUUCAUACUAUCAGUUUACGGGCUACAGAACGAAGCAAUUAAAGAAGGCGAUCGAGUGGUACUGCUGGAACCAUACUACAAAAUCCUAGAUAUAUCUUGGAAAGAACAGCGCUAUAAGUUCAAGUCAAUUCGUGUGGACUUCCCAGAACAAAUUAUUAUCAACGAGAAAGCUCCAGCUGCUCAUCAUGUUGCCCGGGCUUCAAUUCGUGCGCAGCAUAAACCAUAA